AUGUUCGUCCUGGACUCCUCCGACAACAUAACGCCUGAUGAAUAUGCUAAUUUAAAGGAAGGAAUCAGCACACUGAUUGAUGAAGCAUUCGAUUUGUCACCAGACAUUGUUCGCGUCGGAUUUGUUGAAUACAGGUAUUCAUUUCUUGCACAAUUUUCAUGA